GUUCUAGAGGCCACUCGCCCCUAGAUGCGAGUGGCUGGGGAUAUCAGUACUCAGAGAGUAUCUCUCACGGGAGUCCUUCAUCGUAUCUCGUAACCUCUGCAACCCCAUAGCACCCAUUCCUCCAUCAUGUACCCACGAAAACCACACCAGAAGACACGCACGGGAUGCGUGACGUGCAAGCGACGAAGGAUCAAGUGCGAUGAAACGAAACCAUGCUGUUUAAAUUGCACGAAAAUGGGACUAGACUGUGCCUACCAGCCAGUCCCCCCUUCUUCAGCCGCUUCAAGAAGUCAAUCACGAGCGUUGACAAGGCGGAGGCCGACACUGGACACAUCCUCCUGUUCACCACCGCCGAUUUUGGGUCCACAAGGUAUUAUGUUUGCCAAAGCAUACGAUGCAUUUAGCCGGGACGAUUUACAUCUUUUCCACCACUUCUCACACUUCACCUCUCAAACCAUCACCGACCAGAUACCGCUGCAAAAGCUCUGGCAGUUCGAGAUCCCGAUUAUCGCCCUGAAACACGACUUCCUUUUAAACGGGUUAUUGGCGGUCUCGGCACUUCAUAUCGCUCAUGUGAAGACGCAAAAGAACGAUCUUUCUGGAAGAGACGAGCUGUACAAAGCUGCGGCCCAUUGGCAAGGCCAGGCUCUUAGCCUCUACCGGGUGAACAUGGAGUCUAUCACAAUCGCGAAUUGCCAUGCGCUAUUCGCCUUCUCUCUCUUACUUAUCUGUCAGGUCUUCGCUGUCCCAAGGAAGGAGGGUGGUAUUUUCCAUGCGAAUACGCAGGCCGAUCUAAGAAAUAGGUCUCCGCUCACUCCUAGCUCCCCCGGGCAAUCAGCCCAAACCCAGGGUACGUUCCAAACUUCGCCACAAUUUGGACCAGAUGCAUCAGCACGAAUACAACCAUCGAGUCUCGUAGCGCAACCCGAAUGGAUUCGCCUUGUGCGUGGUGCCAGGCUUGUAAUACAUCCCGCGAUCCCUUGGAUCGCUCAAGGGCCUUUGAAGGACUUUUUAUACGUGAAUGCACGUACCUGGACCACAACCGCUCGACCAGAAACAGAUAAGGCGAUUGAAUGGGACCGCCGGCUUAGCGAACUGGAAGAUUUAUGGCGACAAGAAGGAGAAACUCGUCGCCAACCAGAGCAGCUAACCAUUGAGAAUCGCUUGAGUCAUUUGGUGGCAGUUCCGAAAACCGGGACCACAUCAUACGAGGGCACCGAAGCAUUGUCUGACAGUUCCCCAUUGUCAGUAACGGUCUCUGAACCCGACGGUUAUGGGAAUCAUCACGAAUCGCCGACCCUUGGCUCUGGGAUCUUAAGACCGGUCGGGACGAUAUCCGUUGAGAACAGAUUAGACCCUUCACGCGGAAUCUCACCUUUUACGUGGAUGAUAUCCCCCGAAAGACUGGUAGACCGAGAAGCGGAAAUCCUGACCUACAAUCGAGCGCUCAUGGAGCUACGAAUCACCUUCGCCCGCCUCAGUCACCCGGCCCCGAAAACCAAAGACCCCAAAUUUGCUCCCAAAGUCCCGAUCAUGUCUGUCGUCUUCAUGUGGUUGUUUUCAUUACCAGAAGCGUACGUAGACUUGUUGGAGACGCAGCAAAUGCCGGCACUUAUUUUGAUGGCACACUAUGCGAUGCUGCUCUAUCGGCUUGACGAGGUUUGGAUGUUCGAAGGUAUUGGCAGAGAUCUCGUGCUGUCAAUAUGUGAAAUGGUUGAGCAUGCCGAUGGGGGAAAAUGGAAUAAAUGGCUCGAGUGGCCGAAGGAGUGUAUUGGCAUGAAGUAGGAAGUGUCCGGGAUUUGGUGGACUGGACAGAUUUACGGUCUUUCAAUUUAGGGGAACAUGACGAUCAUGAACGAAUAUCUAUGAAUAUCGAGACAGCAAUGGGCGGGUUUGGGUCUAUA